AUGUCAGGCUACGCUGGCGGAGGCCACUAUGACGAUGGCUAUGCCAAUCAAGGUCAUGGUGACUCCUAUUACCAGGACGAGCAUGCCCAAGGAGGCUACUACGACAACCAAGCAUAUGGCGAUGGUUACUACGACCAGGGUCAUGGCUACUACGGCGAUGGCCACGGUGCCGAUGGCGCCCACCCCGCCGAUGGCGCAGCACACGGUCAAGGAUACGCCGAUGGAGGAUACUACGAGGCUGGACACCAGGAUUACGGCGACCAGUAUUACGACCAGGGCCACGGGGAAUACCCACGAGGUCGACGUGGUAAUGAUUCCGAGGAGGACUCCGAAACUUUCAGCGAUUUCACAAUGAGAUCAGAGACCGCUCGCGCUGCGGACAUGGAUUACUAUGGCCGCGGAGACGAACGAUACAACAGCUACACAGACAGCCAGUACGGCGGGCGUAGUGGCUACGGAGGAUAUCGUCCUCCAUCUUCUCAGAUUUCCUACGGCGCCAACCGGUCAUCCGGUGCUUCAACCCCUGUUUAUGGCAUGGACUACGGCAACGCGCUCCCCGCUGGCCAGCGCUCGCGUGAACCAUAUCCAGCUUGGUCUUCUGAUGCCCAAAUCCCCCUCUCGAAGGAGGAGGUUGAGGACAUCUUCCUGGACUUGGUCAACAAAUUCGGCUUCCAACGGGACAGCAUGCGGAACAUGUACGACCACAUGAUGACGAUGUUGGACUCUCGUGCUUCGCGUAUGACUCCCAACCAGGCCUUGCUUUCCAUCCACGCCGACUACAUUGGAGGACACAACGCAAACUAUCGCCGAUGGUACUUUGCCGCCCACCUGGACCUUGACGAUGCGGUAGGCUUCGCCAACAUGAAGCUUGGAAAGGCGGACCGCAAAACCCGCAAGGCCCGUAAAGCAGCUGCUAAGGCAGCCAAGCAAAAUCCCGAGAACGAAGAGGAAACCCUCGAAGCGUUGGAGGGCGACAACAGCUUGGAGGCUGCCGAAUACCGGUGGAAGUCGCGCAUGAACCGCAUGUCUCAGCACGACCGGGCCCGCCAGAUUGCCCUGUACUUGCUGAUUUGGGGAGAGGCAAACCAGGUCCGUUUCCUCCCGGAGUGCAUUUGCUUCAUCUUCAAGUGCGCCGACGACUAUUACACUUCCCCUGAGUGUCAAGCACGAGUUGAACCAGUUGAGGAAUUCACCUACUUGAACGAGAUUGUCACUCCUCUCUACCAGUACUGCCGUGACCAGGGAUACGAGAUCAUGGACGGCAAGUACGUGCGUCGUGAGCACGACCACAAUGAAAUCAUUGGCUACGAUGAUAUGAACCAGCUGUUCUGGUACCCCGAGGGUAUUGAGCGUAUCAGCUUUGAGGACAAGACUCGCUUGGUUGAUGUUCCAAUCGGCGAGAGAUGGCCCAAACUGAAGGAUGUCGUCUGGAAGAAGGCUUUCUUCAAGACAUACAAGGAAACUCGCUCGUGGUUCCAUAUGAUCACAAACUUCAACCGUAUUUGGGUCAUUCAUCUUGGCUCAUUCUGGUUCUUCACUGCUUACAACGCUCCCACUCUCUACACCAUCAACUACCAACAACAGCUCAACAACAAGCCGGAUAGUCCCAAGUUCCUGGCUGCUGUCGGUUUCGGUGGUGCUCUCGUUUCGUUCAUCCAAAUCAUGGCCACCAUUUUCGAAUGGGUGUAUGUUCCUCGAGGUUGGGCCGGUGCUCAGCAUUUGCGCAAGCGCUUUAUGUUCCUCAUUGGCGUCUUCAUCAUCAACUUAGCACCCGGUAUCGUUAUCUUCAGCAUUUUGCCUAGCCUCAAAAUGUCGACCAAAACGGAACAUGGCAUUGGUCUUGCUCUUGGUAUUGUGCACUUCGUCCUUGCGGUCCUCACGGCUGUCUUCUUCGCAGUUCAGCCACUGGGUGCCCUCUUCGGAAACUACAUGAAGAAGAAUGGACGCAAGUACGUCGCCAGUCAGACUUUCACUGCCAGUUUCCCUCGUCUCGCGGGCAAUGAUAUGUGGAUGUCUUACGGUCUCUGGGUCUGUGUCUUUGGUGCAAAGCUCGCUGAGUCUUACUUCUUCUUGACUCUGUCGUUCAAGGAUCCCAUUCGCAUUCUCUCGCCAAUGCAGAUUCACCAGUGCACUGGUGCGAAGUACAUUGGCAAUCAGGUCUGCCACCGACAGCCUCAGAUCCUAUUGGGUCUCAUGGCCUUCAUGGAUUUGACGCUCUUCUUCUUGGAUAGUUACCUGUGGUACAUCAUUUGCAACACGAUCUUCUCGGUCGCAAGAUCAUUCUACCUCGGUGUGUCAAUUUGGUCACCCUGGAGAAACAUUUUCUCCCGCCUGCCGAAGCGUAUCUACUCCAAGGUUCUCGCUACUACCGACAUGGAGAUCAAGUACAAGCCCAAGGUCCUUAUCUCUCAAGUGUGGAACGCGAUCAUUAUCUCGAUGUACCGCGAGCACCUGCUGGCCAUCGAUCACGUCCAGAAGCUGCUAUACCACCAGGUUCCCUCUGAGCAGGAAGGCAAGCGCACUCUUCGCGCCCCCACCUUCUUUGUGUCGCAGGAAGAUCAGUCAUUCAAGACUGAGUUCUUCCCUCAGGGCAGUGAAGCUGAACGCCGUAUCUCCUUCUUCGCGCAAUCCCUCUCCACCCCCAUGCCGGAACCUCUACCCGUCGACAACAUGCCCACAUUCACCGUCCUGAUCCCUCACUACAGCGAGAAGAUCCUUCUCUCUCUGCGUGAGAUCAUUCGCGAGGAUGAACCGUACUCUCGUGUCACUCUACUGGAAUACCUCAAGCAGCUUCACCCCCACGAGUGGGACUGCUUCGUCAAGGACACCAAAAUCCUCGCAGAUGAGACAUCGCAGUUCAACGGUGAUUACGAGAAGCCCGAAAAGGAUGUCGCCAAGAGCAAGAUUGAUGAUCUUCCAUUCUACUGCAUUGGUUUCAAGUCUGCCGCCCCCGAGUACACCCUUCGCACCCGAAUUUGGGCAUCACUCCGAUCACAGACCUUGUACCGCACUGUUUCUGGUUUCAUGAACUACAGCCGUGCUAUCAAGCUCCUUUACCGUGUGGAAAACCCAGAGGUUGUCCAAAUGUUUGGUGGUAACUCCGAGAAGCUCGAGCGUGAGCUCGAGCGCAUGGCCCGUCGCAAGUUCCGCAUCUGUGUUUCCAUGCAGCGUUACGCCAAGUUCAACAAGGAUGAGCGUGAGAACACUGAGUUCUUGCUCCGUGCCUACCCGGAUCUGCAAAUCGCCUACCUCGACGAAGAGCCCCCUGUGAACGAGGGCGAGGAGCCCCGUCUCUACUCGGCGUUGAUUGAUGGUCAUUGUGAACUUCUCGAGAACAACAUGCGCAAGCCCAAGUUCCGAAUCCAGCUCUCCGGCAACCCCAUUCUCGGAGACGGAAAGUCCGACAACCAGAACCACUCCAUCAUCUUCUACCGCGGUGAAUACAUCCAGCUUAUCGAUGCUAACCAGGAUAACUACCUGGAAGAAUGUCUGAAGAUUCGCAGCGUCCUCGCCGAAUUCGAGGAACUCACCACUGACAACGUUUCCCCUUACACACCCGGUGUCGCUUCCCCCGCCGAGACCCCCGUCGCCAUUCUCGGUGCUCGUGAAUACAUUUUCUCCGAGAACGUCGGUGUCCUCGGUGAUGUUGCUGCCUCCAAGGAACAGACAUUCGGUACUCUCUUCGCACGUACGCUUUCCCAAGUCGGUGGUAAGCUGCACUACGGUCACCCCGAUUUCCUCAACGCCACUUUCAUGUGUACUCGUGGAGGUGUCUCCAAGGCUCAAAAGGGAUUGCAUCUGAACGAAGAUAUUUACGCCGGUAUGAACGCUCUCUUGCGUGGUGGUCGCAUCAAGCACUGCGAGUACUUCCAGUGUGGUAAGGGUCGUGAUCUGGGUUUCGGCUCUAUUCUGAACUUCACCACCAAGAUUGGUACUGGUAUGGGUGAACAGAUGUUGUCUCGCGAGUACUACUACCUCGGAACCCAGCUGCCUCUUGACCGUUUCCUCUCCUUCUACUACGCUCACCCUGGUUUCCAUCUCAACAACAUGUUCAUUAUGCUUUCAGUCCAAAUGUUCAUGAUCGUGUUGAUCAACCUGGGUGCACUGAAGCAUGAGACCAUCAUCUGCAAGUACAACUCCGACCUGCCCAUCACUGAUCCCCUUGUGCCUACCCUCUGUGCCAACUUGACUCCCAUUCUCGACUGGGUCAACCGUUGCGUUAUCUCCAUUUUCAUCGUUUUCUUCAUCUCUUGGGUGCCCUUGGCAGUCCAGGAAUUGACCGAGCGUGGUGUUUGGCGCAUGGCUACCCGUUUGGCUAAGCACUUUGGUUCGUUGUCCUUCAUGUUCGAGGUGUUCGUUUGUCAGAUCUACGCCAACGCCGUGCAUGCCAACUUGUCUUUCGGAGGUGCCCGUUACAUCGGUACUGGACGUGGCUUUGCCACUGCCCGUAUUCCCUUUGGUGUGCUGUACUCCCGUUUUGCUAGUCCUUCGAUCUAUCUGGGUGCUCGUCUGCUCCUCAUGCUGUUGUUCUCCACUACAACCGUCUGGACACCCGCUCUGAUCUGGUUCUGGGUCUCCCUUCUCGCCCUCUGCAUCUCGCCCUUCUUGUUCAACCCCCACCAAUUUGCGUGGAACGACUUCUUCAUUGACUAUCGUGACUACAUCCGCUGGUUGUCGCGUGGUAACUCUCGUUCCCACGCUUCUUCCUGGAUUGGCUUCUGUCGUCUCUCGCGUACUCGUCUGACUGGUUACAAGCGCAAACUCCUUGGUGUUCCGUCCGAGAAGGGUUCAGGCGAUAUCCCAAGAGCUCGCAUCACCAACAUCUUCUUCAGCGAAAUCAUCUCGCCCCUGCUUGGUGUCGGUGCCACCCUGAUCCCUUACCUCUACAUCAACUCUCGCACCAUGUUCUCCGAUGACAACGCAUGGGCCGCUAACCCCAUUGCUCGUGUUGCGAUCGUUGCGUUCGCCCCCGUUGGCAUCAACGCUGGUGUCGCUGGUAUGUUCUUCGGUAUGGCUUGCUGUAUGGGCCCCCUCUUCGGCAUGUGCUGCAAGAAAUUCGGUGCUGUGCUCGCCGCCAUUGCACACGCCAUUGCCGUCAUUGCAUUCCUCAUCUUCUUCCUCGCAAUGUUCGUUCUUGAAUCUCUCAACUGGCCUCGAACAAUCUCUGGUAUGAUUGCGGCUAUGGCUCUCCAGCGCUUCAUCUACAAGUUGAUCAUUUCCCUCGCGUUGACUCGUGAGUUCAAGAACGACCAGUCUAACAUUGCCUGGUGGACUGGAAAAUGGUAUAACAUGGGAUGGCACUCGCUGUCUCAGCCCGGCCGUGAGUUCUUGUGUAAGAUCACCGAGCUUGGCUACUUCGCAACCGACUUCUUCCUGGGACACAUCCUCCUGUUCGCCAUGCUCCCUGCACUGGCCAUUCCCUACGUCGACAAGUUCCACUCGGUGAUCCUCUUCUGGCUGCGCCCAAGCCGGCAAAUCCGUCCUCCUAUCUACUCACUCAAGCAGUCCAAGCUGCGCAAGAGACGUGUUGUCCGCUUCGCCAUUCUGUACUUCACUAUCCUUGUCAUCUUUGUGGUCAUCAUAGCUGCUCCCGUUGUUCUCCGCAACACUGCUGUGCUGGACAGCUUCUUGAAGAACUCCCUCUGGGACGCCAUCGGUGUGAAGGACACUACGGCCAUCGGCCUCCUUCAACCGCUUGACCACAAUCUCAAUGACACUGUCGACUGGUACACUGGCUCCGGCCUCCCCGGAGGCUACUCAUCUGCUGCCGCUCCAACCCCCGCCGCUGGUACCAACAACGCACGGUUGAUGGACGGUCACGUGCAACGGAGGACCCAGGACCCCGAAUCCCCCGUUUCACCACCCUCCGCCGCCAUGGAUCUCCAGGAGACCCAACGUCUCCUUUCCGUAUACCUGCAUGAACUUGCCGACCUAUUCCACCGCGUGCCUGGAUCAGCAAUUUUCCUCCGCUAUGUGAAAUCCAGCUACCAGGAUGACCCUAUUCGAUCCGCCGUCGAGCUCUUUCUGUUCCUCUUCGCCGUGCGAUAUCUACUGGCCCCGAAAUAUUCGACCAAGCCUGGUGUUGUACCACUCACAGAAGAUGAGAUUGAUGAUUUGGUAGACGAGUGGACCCCUGAGCCUCUCGUCGGGAAACCCACCGACCUAGAAGAGAUGGAAGUCGACAAGCGCACAGUGAUCGUUGGCCCCGUUGGCCCAAAAUCGAAACUCGCCAAUGGCCGAACCGUCAUGAACCUCGGAUCCUUCAAUUUCUACAAUUUCAACACAAACGAAUCGCUCAAGGAACAGGCCAUCCAGACACUCCGCACGUAUGGUGUUGGACCUUGUGGUCCCCGAGGUUUCUACGGCAGUCAGGAUGUCCACAUGAAAACCGAAGAUGACGUCUCGGCUUUCUUAGGGACCACAGCCUGUAUCAUCUAUUCUCAGGCAUUUUCGACGAUCUCCAGUGUCAUUCCCGCUUUCUCGAAGCGUGGCGACAUCAUUGUUGCGGACAAGGGGGUUAGUUUCGCCAUUCGCAAGGGAAUUCAGAUUUCGCGAAGCAUAGUCCGCUGGUAUGAGCACAACGAUAUGGAAGAUUUGGAAAGAGUCCUUGCAAAGGUCACCAAGGAGCAAGCUCGCAAGCCCUUGACCCGCAGAUUCAUCAUCACCGAGGGUUUGUUCGAGACUUACGGUGACAUGGCAGACCUACCCAAGAUCGUCGAGUUGAGACUGAAGUACAAGUUCCGUCUGAUCCUGGAUGAGACAUGGUCCUUUGGUGUUCUUGGUCGCACUGGUCGUGGCAUUACAGAGCACCAGAAUGUCGACGCAGCCGAAGUUGAUAUGAUUGUGGGAUCACUGGCUGGCCCACUUGUUGCUGGUGGUGGUUUCUGUGCUGGCUCAGAGGAGAUCGUUCACCAUCAACGUAUCUCGGCUGCUGCCUAUACCUUCUCUGCCGCGCUCCCUGCUUUACUUUCAACUACUGCUAGCGCAACGAUCAAAAUUCUCCAGGAUAGCCCCGAGACUGUGUCCCAGCUCCGCGAACACACCAAGGCUAUGCGGGCUCAACUAGAUCCCCGAAGCGACUGGGUUUACUGCACCAAUGCCCCGGAGAACCCUAUUCAGAUUCUCGCCAUUAAGCCAGAGGUUGUUGUAGCUAAACGGCUAACACCAACUGAUCAGCAGUUCUUGCUCCAGGAUGUCGUUGAUGAGGUAUGUCCCGUGAAGUUGAUAUCUAAUGUCAGACCUCUAACGAUUUGUCAGUGCCUCGCCAAUGGUGUUCUUAUCACACGAUUGAAGACCCUCGAGGACAACUUCGAGCCCAAGCAGGUUCUGUUCCCUGCCUUGAAGGUGUGUGUCACAACCGGCCUUACCAAGAAAGAAAUCGAAAAAGCGGGCACAAUUAUUCGCCAUGCCAUCACUAAGGUGAUGAGCAAGAGGAAGUAA